GCAAAACAUAACGUUUAGAUGAGGGUAUGAAAAGGCUGCUCAUGCUUUCGCGUCGGUCUCGGCCCUUUACAAAUGGGCUUGCUCGCCAACUGUCGUCGUUCUUUGCUCCUAUCCAUAGUAGCCCUGCUGUGGAUUGAUAGCAGUUCCUCUGAAAGCACACAAUUUACGUUAUCUCGCGCUGAGAAGCCUGUCCAUGCGUACAUAGCCGUCUGCGUCCUAGCCAAAAAUGAACACUUAUACAUUAGGGAGUUUAUAAGAUACCACCACUGGAUUGGAAUAGACAAAUUCUACAUUUGGGAUAACCAGAGCCGCCCUCCAUUGGCCGAUGUCCUUCAAGACCACGUUGCCUCUAGCCUUGUGGAGCUGGUCUACUUCUCGGACUCCUGGCGCGCAGAUGCGGCGCUGUUCCCCAGCAUGUACAACACCUCAACUCGCACCUUCAUGUCGCCACAGGCCUGGGCGUACGACAACUGCUUCCGCAUGUUCGGCCACCGCCACACCUUCCUGGCUCUCCUAGACCCGGACGAGUUCCUAGUGCUCAAGCAGCCCUCGCCACCGCAACAGCAGCCCGCAGCCGCUGCCGCUCUUGCCGCAGCCGCCCCGCACCUGCCCACCUUCCUGGCGCAGUACGAACCGUACGGCGGGCUUGUCGUGCAUUGGCAGUUGGUAGGGCCCUCGGGGCAUGUACGGCGGCCCAACGGCAGCACGAUGGAGUCGUACACGCAGUGCGUGCCGCGAGCGUCACUGCAGCGCUGGACGCUGUUCCGAGCCAUUCCACUGGGCUUCCUGAAGAGCAUCACAGCCACCAGGUGCUACCAGCAGGGCUGCAAUCCGCACCUGUGCGACCUCAAGCCCGGCUGCAAGUACGUGAACGAGGCGUUCCUGGAGCCCAGCGCGCCUGUCGUACGGGCGCUGCAGUGGGACCGCAUCGCCGUGUUCCACUAUGCCACACGCAGUGCUGAGGACUACAAAGCCAAGAUGGUCCGCGGGUCGGGCCACAGCCAGUUCCUGGAGGCGAACCGCGCGCUGAAGCGCACGCACCGCGGUUGGCGCUACUUCAACUUGGUCAACGACACCGCAACAGAUACGUGCCUGGAGGGGAAGCAGGCCUGGGAGCGGUGUUGUGCUGGGAAAAGGGAUGUAAUGGAGGAUGCAGCCGGUAAGGUAUGAAAUAGUCUACCUGGUUGCUUUGGGCAAGUGAGCGUGUUGCUCGCAUAAUCUUGAUGGUUUCCUUAGGAGGGAGGCCUUUGCUGGGGUGUGUUUGUGUGAUGGAACCCAAACUUGGAAGUCAACCGUGGCAUGAUGUACUUGUGGCUGCAAUGGUUAUGGUGCAGUAAUUGUUAAGCAAGGUAUUGUUUACCCUAUAUUAAAAAUGUAUGGAAUGAUAAUGCAUAUGGAUUUAUGGAAGAUAUCUUCGCUGUUUAAUCCAGUAUGAGUGGAGUAACUGUCAGGAAGCUACCUGGGCAUGCUGUCUGCAGGUUGUCACCGGUUAAAUGUUGUUGUGGAGUAUUAUACCUCGCGCUUGCUGGCCAGGACCCUAACAACUCGGCUAACAAUCCAACGGCGUCAACCUUUUGAAGGAGAGGUGUACGACAAUAUGCUAUACACUAAUGCAAGCAGUUUAGUAACCCAAACGUCGCACGGCUUUUCAUAGGCGUGUGUAGUUUCAAGUUGCGACGUGCAUUGACACUUUAUAAGGUUGGGUCCCCAAAAUACCGGCAGCCGCGGGACUACCACCAAGCACUCACACUUACCGUAAGCGAGUACUGGUUAGGUAGCCCUUCCUGAACCUCGCAUUCAGAACACCCAUUUUAUCUGUUCGGGCUUUACCUGUGACAAGCGAUCCUACAUAGCCGCGAGGCGUCUUCGCAUUCCUGACCGCCGCUUUAAAGGCAGCCUCUCAGCAAUCACCUACAUGCACAACUCACGCACAGCGUCAGCUUGUCCGCCACAGGCGGAACAACACCUCACCCAAGCCAUGGCACAUCCUCCUCAAGCGCACGGCAGGCGGCUUUGUGGCGGUCAAAUGGCCAGAAGACACACCCGUCGCUCGGCCGUCAUCCUCUUCCUGCUGCUGACGCUAUCGGCCAGGGCUACGCUAGGCAAAAGUAGCAGCAAGAGCAGCGGCACCUCCACGAGCAGCAGCUCCUCGAGUAGCUCUACGUCAAGCUCAAGCUCGAGCAGCAGCACCGCCAAGUCGAUAAGCUACGGCAAGAGCAUCGGCGUGUCAGCACGACUUAAGGUCGCCACCGCUGCCGUGCUGACGACCUUUGUUUUGUUUCACGGGAAUACCUAUCCAACCAUGCGAAUCUACUAUGACGGUUACUACGAUGACUGUGCUCUUCCCAACGUCACUGCCAGUCAGUUGGGGCAGGGCGACGGCACCACGGACGCAAACUCGCUAGCGCUCGUACAGCAAUGGGCCACGACAAGUGGUUUGCCGUACAGCGAUGUCGUUGCUCUUAACCAAACGCUGUACAACCAAACCAACGGACUUAUUAUCGACUCGGCAUACUGCAAUUCCACAGAAACCAGCGCAGCUUCCGGGCUGCGCUUGCCGGUGGUGGGUACGUUGCUCGUGGCUGUUGCAACGGCGUUGCUGCUGGGGCUCGGCCGGCGUGGACGUAGCUGCAAAUAGCGACGACGUGGCGGCUCUAGAGAGGAACGAAGAUAUUAUUGGUUGUUCAUUAUCACGCACACACGUGAUCCAUGGUGAAGAUGCAUGCAUUCAUCACUACCUGGCGAAGCUUCCUCCUUCCUCUGUACAUAAUACUAGUAUGCGUGAUUCAAGGCUUGGUAGUUGAUACCUCAGGAGCAAGCUAACGACGUGCAUGGGUUGGCGAGUACUGAAAUACGGUAAAGAUAGUACCGGUACGUUAAUUUCAACAUAAAUAUUGCUGAUUCGCUACACAGUUUACCGUACAUGCUGUUGCAGUUGGCGACCGUUGAUAUUGCCGUUGGGUUGAGGCGUUGGACUCGGUGUUUGACUUGAUUGAUGACCAGCGUUAGGUUUGCUGCUUGAUUAAGACACCUGACCGGCAUCGCAGCAACACAUGCUGCCUCCGGGUACCCUAAAUGUUUCGCGGUAUUGUAUUCGCUUUACUUAUUGAACUGUGAGUUCUGAUCGACGAUUGGAAUCAACACGGUAUUGUAUGUAUGGACGCGACAUGCUGUCCCUAAUAUACUAAGCACUGUCCAUUCCUAUCCGCUAUGUGCUGCGUUCCUUGAUUAUUUUCGGUCGUUAAUUGUUUUGUGGCGCCCGCCGGGACAUAGGGGCAAGAACUAAGGAGCUACAAUGCAUGACAGCUCAGCUCCGCCCCGGUGUCACUCCAUGGUGUCUUCAAUACGCCACAUAUGCUCCUCACGUCCUGUAAACCUUUGCUUCAA